AUGACAUCAAUAAUUAUUGAUGAGGAUGAAAAUAUUUUUUCAAGUAUAGUCUCAAAUAUUAAUAUUGGAGAGUCAAAUAAUAAUGUAGAUGACAGUUUUUAUUACAGCAAAACAUUAUUAAAUCCAAGUGUAAUAACUCACACUGUCAAAGGAAAUUUUAGAAAUAAAUACAACUAUAACAAAGAAAAUAAAAUUCAAGAACUAAUAUUUAUAAAAGAGAACUGUAUAGAGUUGGUCCAAUACUUUGAAGAAAGUCAAUUACUAGAAUCAAUAAAUUCACAACCAUCAUUUUCAAUAAUAAAAGAUGUUAAAGUUUUAACAUUACCAACAUUUAUAACUAAUAAUAAUAAUAAUAAUAAUAAUAAUAAUUAUAAUAAUAAUAAUGAUAUUUUAACAUUAAAAAAUAACGAAUUAAAUGAUAAUAUUGAUCAAAAUUGUAAAGAAAAAGAUUUUUUAGUUAUUACAUCUGAUUCUGGAUAUUUAUCAAUUUUAACAUGGUCAAAUAUUAAAAAACAAUUCAUCUUUGUUCAACAUUUAAGAAUUUCACCCCCAGGUUAUAGUUUUAAAUAUUUGGGAGAUAAAAUACAAAUUUCUCAAUGUAAUAGAAUUAUAGGUGUUUCAGCAUUAAAAAAUAAAUUAUCAUUAUUUUUAAUUAAUAAUAAUAAUAAUAAUAAAGAUUCAGUUUUAAUCAUUUCAAAAAAAAUAGAUAUAAAAGAUUUAGAUGGUGAUAUUUAUUCAUUUAAUUUUAGUUAUGAAAAAGAUGACCCAUAUUUUUUAACAUACAAUCACUGUUUUAUAAAUAUUUUAACAACCAAAGAUAAAAAUCAAAUUAUUUCAAAAUUUCAAUUUAAUUUUCAAACAAAUACUGUUAAAGAAAUUAAGAAAAAUAAUAAUUUAAUACAAUCCCAACAACAAUCAUCCCAAUUAAUAAAUUACCAAUUUAUAAAUAUACCAAAGAUUAAUUUUAUAAGUUCAUUUAAUUUUAAUUACUAUUUCUUAUUAUUAUUAAAUAAUAAAAUUAUUUUUACAAAUUCAAAUUUCGAAAAGUUAAAAGAGAUUACUAUUAAAGAAGAUUGUGAUGAUGAAGAAUUUAGAACUAUUAUUGAUGAUGAGGAGUAUGAAGAAUAUUACUAUAAAAAGCAAAAUAAAUUAAUAACAUGUUAUAAUUGGCAUCAAAUCGAAUCAACACUAUAUCUUUUAAUAGGAAAUGAAAUGGGUAAUUUAUAUGGUAUCGAAUUUACAUUUGAUUCAAAUAAUUUUAAAUCAUCAGCAACAAAUUUUAACAGUUUUAAGAAGUUUAAAUUUAAAUUUAACCCAAUUCAAAAUUUAAUAAAUUUAAAUAAUGGUUAUUUUGGUAUCAUUGGCGAUUUAUCAGAUGGUGGAAUUUAUAAUAUUGAUUUUAAUAAAUAUGAAAUUAAUGAAUGCGAAAGAAUUGAAAAUCAUUCAGGUAUUAUAGAUUUUGAAAUUCAAAAACAAAAGUUUACAACAAAGAUUUAUACUUGUUGUGGUGGUUCAAAUAGUUUUGGUUCAGUAAAGGUUAUUGAAAAUAGUAUUCCAACACAUAUAUUACAUCAUGAAAAGAAAAGAAUUGGUGCAAUUUAUGUUUGGAGUUUUAGUCCGUACAUUGUAAUUGGGUAUCCGUCAAGUACAGUGGUCGAAAAAGUUUCUGUGGCUGAAGAAGAGGAAGAUGAUAUGUUCUCUUUAGAUAAUAUUUAUUUCAUUGAAAAUCAAGCAACUAUUUAUUGUUAUAGAACUAGUGAUGGUACAUUUGUUCAAGUUACACCAAAGACGAUUGUAUUAUAUAAUAAUAAAUAUUCAAAGAGAAAAGAAUCAUACCGUUGGGAUGUAGGCGAAAAUAGUAUUAUAACCAAUGCAUGUUCAAGAGAUGGCUUAUUACUAGUAGCAAUUUCAAAACCAAAUUCAAUACAAAGUUUUAACAUUGUUCAAGAUGACUCAAAUGACCAUGGUUUAUCACUAAAGCUUUUAAAUUCAAUCCCAUUAGAAUUUGAAGUCUCUUGUAUUUCAUUACCAAAAUUUAAUGAAAAUGAAAUUUUAGACAAAGAAAAUCAAAUAUUCAAUACAUGUAUCGUUGGCACCUAUUUAAUGAAUAUAUUUAUUUUAAAUUUUAAAUUUAAUAAAAUAUUAUAUUCAUUUAAUGAGACAGAAGAAAAUCAAGUUAUAAAUGCUAUACCAAAUUCGAUUUUAUUAAGUAUUUUAAAUCAAUUAAAUCAAAAUCAACAAAAAUCAAAUCAUUUAAAUCAACAACCAGAAAAAAAAAAUAGAGAUGAAAUUAAUUUUAAAUUGAUUUGUGGUUUAAGAGAUGGUUUAUUAUUAAAAUUUGAUAUUUUAUAUAAUUUACAUUCAAAUUGUUUUAAAGUUUCAAAAAAUAUUUAUUCAAAAUCUAUUUCAAGUUCACCAGUCACAGUUCUAUCAGUAUUGAAUCAAGGUGCAAUGGUAUUAACAGAUCAACCAUAUUAUAUUACAAGUAUCAAAAAUCAUAUUAGCCUAUGUAAAAUAUCUUUCAAAAAUGACAAAAUGAUUUCAUACUGUUCUUUAUAUUACUCUGAAAAUUCAAGACAAAAUUUCUUAUUUGUAAAUCCAGAAUUGGGUUUAUAUUUAGCAAAUAUAGAUUUUUCAAAAAAAAUGAGUGUAAAAACUCUUUUAUCAAAUAAUCAAAAUCAACAAUAUCAGAAUCAAAAUCAACAAUUUCAAAAUCCAAAUAGAAUUUUAUUAAUUGAAAAAUAUAGUAUAUUAAUUAUUUUAAACGAUUUUAAUAUUUCAGUAUUGGUUUUAUCAGAUCAUUUAACAAAUUAUAAUAGUAAUAGUCAUAUAUUAUCACAAUCAUCAUCAUCAUCACAAUUAGAAAUAUUUAAUAAUAAUGAAUUAUAUUAUAAAAAAAUCUUUCAAACUAAAGAUAGUUUAAAUUUUAAAUCAAAUCAUUCAAUUAAAUAUUGGGAACAAAAAAAUUUAAUUAUAGUUUAUGGUAAUAAUAAAAAUAAUGGUACUAUUUAUUUUUAUUCAAUUCAAUUUAAUCAUAAAAGUAAUUGUGGUAGUGAAGAGAUAUCUUUAACUUUGGAAAAAAAGAGAACAUUUGAUAAACCAAUAUCUUCAGUAUUACCAUUUGUGGAUGGCAAAUAUCUAGUGUUUACCACUAAAGGCAAUUUAAUGAUUGAUUAUAAUAGUGGUGUUCAAUCAAAUUCAGAAGAUUUAAAUAUUCAAAUUACAACUCCAUUCCCAGUGACAAUUUCCAAAUUUAGAGCAUCAGAUAAUAAACUAUUAUUAGGUACAGAAACUAAUGGUUUGGAUGUUUAUAGAUAUAAUCAAGAGGAUAAAUCUUUCACUCAUUGUUCAAAUGAAAAAUCAAAAUUCAUAUCAGAUGCAAUCUUUCUAUCAACUGAUGAUCAAAUUGCAACUAUUGAUAAAUAUGGUAAUUUUAAAAAUUUAAAUUUAAAUCAAAUUAAUCAAAUGAAUCAAGAGCUUAACCAGCCAAUAAAUCAGGAACCUCAACAACAACAUAAUAAUAAUCAAGAGCAACAACAAAUUCAACAAUUACAACAACAAUUACAUAGUAUACCAAUAAUUUUAGAUCCUAUAAAUCAAUUUAGUUUAAAAGAAUCAUGUUUAAAAUUGCUCCAACUAAAUAAUUCAAAAAUUAUAACUUGCUCUUUAUUGGGUAGUGUUAUUUUAUUUGGAAAAUUAUCAAGAGUUGAAUAUAAAGUUUUAUUAACAAUUCAAAAUAGUUUAAAAAAUGAUAAAAGUUCAAAACCAAUUACAAAUAAUGACCACAACCUCUAUAGAUCAGAAAUUUCAAAUUGUAAAAAUGUUUUAGAUGGCGAUUUAUUAUAUCAAUUUUUAUUUUUAGAAGAGAUUGAUCAAAUUAAUUUAAUUUCAAAAUUAUUUAAAUUAAACGAUAUUAAUAAUACAAAAGUUUAUUUAAUCUUAACUAAAAUUUUAAAUUUAUUUGAAAAUUUUAAAAUUCUUUAGUCACUUAAAAAUAAAUAAAUUUAUAAUAUUACUGUAUUAUUUUUCUAUUUUC